AUGCUCUCGAAAAGUGCUUUCGUCUCUCGUAAACUUGUCGCUCAAGUUGGGGCCACAAGAUGGUUGUCUCGAAGUGUCCAAUCCAAGGCCAGGUCGUUUCAGCUCAACACCGGAGCUCGCAUUCCAGCAAUUGGACUGGGAACUUUUCAAGAUCCAGAUCAACAAGAAGAUGCAGUUGCAGGUGCCUUGCAAUUGGGAUAUCGCCACAUUGACGCAGCGAGAGUGUAUCGUUGACCGCCCACCACGUCUGAAACUGUAGCUGACAGGCUAAAGUUACGACACUGAGCUCCAAGUAGGCCGUGGUAUCAAGAAGAGCAAGGUCCCCAGAGAUGAGAUCUUCGUUACCACCAAGCUUUGGAGCAACUGUCAUCAUCCCGACGACGUCGAACCAGCCCUUGACGAGUCCUUGAGAGAUUUGCAGCUUGAUUAUAUUGAUCUGUUCUUGAUUCACUAUCCAUGCACAUUCAAACGCGGCCCAGUGCGCUUUCCUCGCGAAGAUGCCUCGGGAUACAUGAUCAUGGGAGACACAAGCUAUAUCGACACCUGGGGGGCCAUGGAAGAUCUUUUGAAGACCGGCAAAGUCAAGGCCAUCGGAAUGUCGAACUUCAGCAAAAGUGAAAUGCAGAAUGUGUUGAAGCACUGCAAGAUCGUGAGUAUUAGCGAUCUUCGAUCACGGGCAAUGCUAAGAUUAUCAGGCCCCAGCAGUCCAUCAGAUGGAGCUCCAUCCAUAUCUGGCCCAGCACUCUUUCGUGGAGUGGCACAAAGAGCAAGGCAUUCAGCUCAUCGCCUUCAGUCCGUUCGCGAAUCAGAACACGUUCUAUAAGCACGGACAGAGUAUGCCUCAGCUUCUGGACGACCCAGUGCGUGUGAUAACUCCUCCUGGUAUUCUGAAGAAGUGUUGACUUUUGUCAGGUCCUCCACGAGAUCGGAAAGAAGUAUUCCAAGUCGGCGGCCCAGGUGGUGCUGGCCUGGGGCAUCUCAAAAGGUCGCUGUGUAAGUCUUCAGGUUCUUCAUCUUGCUAGUAUCGGGCUGAUCUGGAUGUUCCCAGGUCAUCCCAAAGAGCACGAUCCCGUGGCAGCAGGAGGAGAAUCUGGCGGGCGACUUCGAGCUCGAAAAGGUCGACAUCGAGCGUAUCGAUGCUCUCGAUAAGCAGCUGCGGUUCAAUUUUAAGGAUUUGAAUUAUGGAUGGAAGUUGUAUAGCGAUCUCGAGGGUGUGUAA